GAUUCAUUAUUAGUUUCAUCAGUGGGUUUCACAAAAAAAUCCAUGGAUGAAUUGUUUGUGGGAAAACGCGUGUAACAUUCAUAUAUAUGAAAAUCAAAAAGAAAAUCGCUGACAAUCUUUAACAACAGGAUUUUUGCUUGACGCUGAUUUUGUUAGCAAUGGAAUAUUUUAGGCUAGCAGCGCAGGAGGCUCAAGCGUCAGGUCCAAGUGCAAAAGUAUCAACGCAAACGACAUCUACCUCACGUCAAAAUGUCAAAGUUGAAGUGGUGCAACCAACGAUUACGGUGGCCAUGCCAUCUGGACCAACAUCAUUGUUUCUAUUCACCGAAGAUCAUCCGCUGCGGCGGCUCAUGCGUUUCAUCAUCGAGUGGCCACCAUUUGAAUACACAAUCCUUGUGACAAUCAUUGCUAAUUGUUUAGUGAUGGCAUUGGAACAGCAUCUACCUGAUGGCGAUCGAACGACGCUUGCACAAAAUUUAGAAGCAACCGAACCAUUUUUUCUGGGCAUUUUUUGUGUUGAAGCAUCGUGCAAAAUAAUUGCAUUAGGUUUAAUUUUACAUGAAAACUCCUACCUUAGAAACGCAUGGAAUAUUAUGGACUUUUUUGUGAUUGUCACAGCAAUAAUCGCUCUGUUUCCGAGCCUGGGUGCAAAACUCAAUUUGCGAACACUUCGAGCGAUUCGAGUGUUACGUCCAUUAAAACUAGUGUCGGGCAUUCCAAGUUUGCAAGUGGUUCUAUUUUCAAUAUUAAAAGCAAUGGCUCCACUACUUCAAAUCGGAUUGUUGGUGCUAUUUGCAAUCGUCAUUUUUGCCAUAAUUGGUUUGGAAUUUUACUCUGGUGCAAUGCAUAACACAUGCUAUGACCCUGAAAAUCCGACGUCAAUUGUCGAAGAAGGCGGCAAGGAAGUACCCUGUAAUCCAAACAAAACAGGAGCCAAUCCGUGUUCAGAAGGCGUCUGUUCAGACGGAUGGAUAGGACCAAACAGUGGCAUUACCAGCUUCGAUAACAUCGGCUAUGCAAUGCUCACUGUCUUUCAGUGCAUAACAAUGGAGGGAUGGACGCCUUUGAUGUACUUUUUGAACGAUGCACUCGGCCCACAAUAUAAUUGGCUGUAUUUUAUUCCGUUGAUUGUGCUCGGCUCGUUCUUUAUGCUGAAUCUAAUCCUCGGUGUUUUGAGCGGUGAAUUUGCAAAGGAGCGUGAGAAAGUCGAAAAUAGACAAGAAUUUCUGAAACUUCGUCGGCGUCAACAGGUUCAAAAAGAGUUGGAUGGCUAUGUGGAUUGGAUUUGCAGAGCGGAGGAAGCGAUUUUAGCCGAAGAUCGAACGACCGACGAGGAAAAGAUGCACAUUAUGGACGUGCGGCGGCGACUAGCAGCCAAAAAACGAAAAUUAAAACUUGCCGGCAAAUCAAAAUCUACCGACACUGAAGACGAGAGCAAUUAUGAGUACUGCGACGAUGAUCUUUCAGGCUAUACAAAAAGUAAGACACAGCGCGAUGGCAGCUUUUGGUUAGCUGAAAAACGACUUCGAUUCCGUAUACGGCACAUGGUCAAAUCACAAUGGUUCUACUGGUUUGUCAUAGUGCUCGUUUUUCUAAACACAGCAACAGUUGCAUCCGAGCACUAUGGCCAGCCGCAAUUUUUAACAGAUUUCCUAUUUUACACGGAAUACGUUUUCCUUGGGCUGUUCAUCUCGGAGAUGUGCCUUAAAAUCUAUGCGAUCGGACCACAUAAGUACUUUCAGUCGGCGUUUAAUCGGUUUGAUUGUAUCGUCAUAUUUGCCUCGCUGUUUGAAAUCGUAUGGACGCAUUUCAAAAGCGAUUCGUUCGGUUUGUCUGUGUUGCGUGCAUUGCGUUUGUUGCGUAUAUUCAAAAUAACCGCCUAUUGGUCAUCGUUAAGAAAUUUGGUGAUUUCACUGCUUAAUUCGAUGCGAUCGAUUCUUUCGUUGCUCUUCCUUCUGUUUCUGUUCAUUAUGAUAUUUGCUAUGCUCGGCAUGCAACUAUUUGGUGGACAAUUUAACUUUGACGAAGGUACACCGCCAGCCAAUUUCGAUACAUUCGGUAUUUCGUUGUUGACGGUGUUUCAAAUUUUGACGGGCGAAGAUUGGAAUGAGAUCAUGUACGAUGGCAUCGAAUCGCAAGGUGGCAUUGAAUCGAAGACUGGAAUGUUAUAUUCAUCGUACUUUAUCAUCUUGACACUCUUCGGUAAUUACACGUUGUUGAAUGUAUUCUUGGCCAUUGCUGUGGACAAUUUGGCAAAUGCACAAGAGUUGACAGCUGCCGAAGAAGAGCAAGAAGAAGAAGACCGAGAGAAACAGCUGCAGGAAUUGGAAAAGGAGAUGGAAGCAUUGCACGGUGACAAUGUUAGAGUUAAUGAGAAUGCAAUGACAACGACAACGACAACAACAAUAUCGAAAGGUUCAAAGAAAACCAAAGACAGACCAAAAGUACAAAUUGACCUAGACGAAGCGGGACCAAAACCUAUGCUUCCUUAUUCAUCAAUGUUCAUUUUUUCACCAACAAACCCAAUUCGAUGUGCAGCGCAUUGGAUAGUCAAUUUAAAGUAUUUUGACUUUUUCAUAAUGUUAAUCAUUGGAUUAUCGUCCAUGGCGUUAGCCGCCGAAGAUCCAGUGGACGAGCAUUCAAAAACAAACCAAAUUCUUGAUAAAUUCGAUCAUGCGUUCACCGCUGUCUUCGCGGUGGAAAUGUUUCUGAAGAUUAUCGAUUUGGGCGUGUUAUUCCAUCCAGGCAGCUAUUUGCGUGAAUUCUGGAACAUUAUGGAUGCGGUCGUUGUUAUUUGUGCCAUAUUUAGUUUUGGCUUCAAGUACUUCACGGACGGUGGUGGAAGCAUAGGACAAAAUUUAGCUACAAUUAAGUCGUUGAGAGUUCUACGUGUUUUGAGACCGCUCAAAACUAUUAAACGAAUCCCAAAAUUAAAAGCCGUCUUUGACUGUGUUGUUGGAUCGUUGAAAAAUGUCGUAAACAUUUUGAUUGUUUAUCUACUGUUUCAAUUCAUUUUUGCCGUUAUCGGCGUUCAGUUGUUUAACGGUAAAUUCUUUUACUGUACCGAUCCAAGCAAACACAAUAGAGAAGAUUGCCGGGGAAAAUAUUUUGAGUUUGAUCCCGGCGAACAAUUUCCCAAAGUAGAAACUCGUCAGUGGAAAAUACAAUCUUUCAACUAUAACAAUGUAGCUGCGGCCAUGCUUACACUAUUUGCUGUUCAGACUACCGAAGGAUGGCCAAGCGUUCUACAAAAUUCAAUGGCUGCUAGCUUAGAAAAUCACGGACCAAUACCAAACUAUCGCCUCGAAAUGUCCAUUUUCUACAUCGUGUACUUCAUUGUCUUCCCGUUUUUCUUUGUAAACAUAUUCGUCGCAUUGAUAAUCAUAACAUUUCAAGAGCAGGGCGAAGCAGAGCUACAAGAUGGUGGAAUCGAUAAGAAUCAGAAAUCUUGUAUCGAUUUCGCUAUUAACGCCAGACCAUUUGCAACGUAUAUCCCACCGAAGCGUAAAAAGUACAAGUAUAAAAUUUGGAAAAUGGUCAUUUCGACGCCAUUUGAUUAUUUCAUCAUGCUGCUGAUUGUGUUGAAUACUAUACUCUUAAUGAUGAAGUAUCAUGGGCAGAAUAAAAGCUAUGAAAGUGCGUUGUGCUAUGUCAAUAUGCUCUUCACUGGACUCUUUACGAUUGAAGCGGCUCUGAAAAUAUUCGGUUUUGGUCUCAAGAAUUACUUCCGAGACGCCUGGAAUGUUUUCGAUUUCAUCACCGUUGUUGGGAGUAUCAUUGAUGCUAUCGUUUCAGGAUUAACGGCAAACACAUUGAAUUUGGGCUUCUUACGGCUGUUUCGAGCCGCUAGAUUGAUCAAGCUACUUCGUCAAGGAGACACGAUUCGGAUAUUGCUUUGGACAUUUGUUCAGUCAUUCAAAGCCCUCCCCUACGUCUGUUUACUUAUCGCAAUGUUGUUCUUCAUUUACUCCAUCAUCGGAAUGCAAGUGUUUGGAAACAUAAAAUUGGACGCAGACACGGAAAUCAAUCGGCAUAAUAAUUUUCAAACAUUUUUCGCCGGUUUAAUGCUGUUGUUUCGUUGUGCCACCGGAGAAGCGUGGAAUAGUAUAAUGCUUUCGUGUUUGCAUGGUGAUUGCGAGAAGAAAAAAGAUCAAGAUGAUUGCGGCUCACCAUUGGCCUUCGCUUAUUUCGUUUCAUUCAUUUUUCUGUGUUCGUUUUUGAUGUUAAAUCUGUUUGUGGCUGUUAUUAUGGAUAAUUUCGACUAUUUAACACGCGACUCGAGCAUUUUGGGCGCACAUCAUUUGGAUGAAUUCGUCCGAAUUUGGAGCGAAUACGAUCCAAAGGCUGAAGGAAAGAUUCAUUACACCGAAAUGUAUGACAUGCUGAAAAACAUUGAUCCUCCAUUGGGCUUUGGUAAUAAAUGCCCGAAUCGACUGGCCUAUAAAAAGUUGAUGCGAAUGAAUAUGCCGAUCGAUGAUGAUAAAAAAGUCAAUUUCACCACGACGCUGUUUGCAAUAAUCCGAGAAAACUUGUCUAUUAAAAUGAGAGGCGCCGAAGAAAUGGAUACUGCUGAUGAAGAGCUUCGCGAGACCAUUCGGAUGAUUUGGCCAUUACAGGCGCGAAAAAUGAUGGAAUUACUGGUUCCAAGAAAAGAAGUGCUCAAUAAAUACAAUUUAACCGUUGGCAAAAUCUACGGUGGACUUUUGAUAUUGGAAUCAUGGAGAAAUACGCGGUUUGGGAAAAGGAAAAGUCGCUUUGGCGCACUGCCUGAUGUUGCCGGAGAUGUUCCACGGCGCAGUAUUCCAGGAGAUCAUCUGCGUGUUCCUGAUGCUCACCAAGAUAUUCGAACACCACAUCAUCGUCACAGCAUUUUUUCGCAGGAUAUCGACCUUUCCGACACUGUUGCUAAUUUUGUCGAUUUCGUGAAAGAAGGUCGUCAUAAUCGUCAUCGUUAUCGCCACAACAUGCACACGAAAUACAGAGGUUCUUGGUCAACUUCAUCGAGUCCUGUGGGUUCCCCGUCUCCAAGAGAAUCAAAUGCUGGCCUGAAUGGAUGCUAUGGCACAACGAGUCUUCAGCAAAGAUCACGAUCUCCCAGCCCUUCGCAAUCAAAAUCAAAUCAUUUCAGAGACUAUCAACAAAGCUAUCAAGUGUUACACGCGCGGCGAAAUCGUGGACGCAUUUUGCCCGCAACGCCAAACAAACCAUCCAUUUUACAAAUCCCAGAGACAGAUGCUAAAUUUUCCGAACUGAAUCGUACUCCGACACGAAAUUACCACAACCGAAGAAAUCAAUCAUUAGCUACACCGCAUAGUGUUCAUGAAUUUCCCCAAUCAUGGAGUACGACAUUUUACAAUCAGAAUCGUCGUGAGAGUUUCGAUAAUGACGGUAAUCGUUCCCGUUUCCGUGAUAAGGAACGAGAAUUAUACGAACGACAAGUGGAGUUUGAACGUGAACUGGAAAAAGAACGAUUGGACAUAGGAGGAACACCAUCAACUCCGAUGUCUUUUGAAGAUGCAUUCCAUAUGGGGCGAACUGGGCGCACAUUUCCAUCAACAUCAAUUGCUGGGCGAAAAUCGACCAUAGUCAGUGGCCGAAGAUACGAUCUAGACGAAGAAGACUGGUGUUAAUUAUUAGAUAUUCAUGAGCUGUACUCCGAAUAACAAGCCUUAUAACCACAACAAUACCAAUUCGCACAAUGAAAUUCAUACAUUUAAUUCGACAUUUCUUUAUAUGAUAUACAACACAUUCUUAAUCAGUAUUCUUUGUAAAUAUUUAGGCAUUCUCUAUCAAAUUUAACACUCUUGCCUUUUUUGUGAAUUAUUAUUGAAAGCAACAGAAACAAAACAAGUGCCACACGGGUCGCUUGCGUAGAAAAUGAAAGUGUUAUCAAUUGUUUAUUCGUUAAUUUAUAUGUAACGUCUCAAACCAUUAUAUUCAAAUCAAUAAAAUAUUUGGCCG